AUGAACGCGAUAGCGAGGCGAGCGUCCAAUUUCUUGAGGCGGCUGCCGAGUCAGGGAGUUAGCUUAGUGAGUCAAGGAGAACAUCAAAUACAACAGUGGAGGGGGAUCAGAGUGAAGGUAAGAAAUGGGAACUUGGAGCAGGCAUUAAGGUAUAUGCAGUUCAAUAUGCAAUCGAGUGGGAUGGAACGCCUAAUAAAGAGCAGACAGACUCACCACCUUAAGAAUUCAGAGAAGCGAAUUUUGGCUCGCAAAAGGCUUGAGCACAGGAUUCGCUCUCAAGGAAUCUCUCGCAAGCUCCAGAUUAUCCUCUGCAAUAAAGUCAGGCAAGUUAUCAAGAAGUCCAUGAUAAUUGGACUUUCAGUAGCACACACCAGAUCAAAGCAGGGUAUUCACACAAGAAAUCAUCUGCACAGUGUACACUGGCAAAUGUGUGCUCGGUGUGGUGCUUUACCUGGGCCUGUGAGAGAAGCUUUGAAGUACCUUUAUUCGUGA